AUGCGGACAUCGUCCACCCCCACAGGCACCGUCUCCUUCGACACGUUGACCGAAGCCUUCGGACCAUCCUCCUUGGGGAUUAUCGUCGUCAAGGACCUCCCAGCGGACUUUGUGAAAUUGCGCGCCCAGGUCCUCUCUAAUGCGUCGUAUCUCGCUGCUCUCCCAGCUGAGGAACUAGAAUCCCUGGAAAGCCCCCAAUCCAAGUACCUCGUCGGCUGGUCCUGUGGCAAAGAAACUCUCAAGACAGGGCACUUCGACACGUUGAAGGGAUCCUACUACGUCAACUGCGCCUUCUACCAAGACCCCUCUCUGCAAAGCGCGCCAGCAGACGGUUUUCCAGAUUUGCCGCAGUACACGGCGCCCAACAUCUGGCCGCCCGGCGCACGUCUGCCCGGUUUUCGGGACGGGCUCGAGCAGCUCUGUGCGCUGAUUAUUCGCACCGCGGCGCUCGUUGCGCAAGCUUGUGAUCGCUACGCUGAGGCUAAUAUCGACGGCUAUAAGCCUGGUUAUUUGCAUCAUGUCGUUACGACCAGUUUGACUACCAAGGCGAGGCUGUUGCAUUAUUUUCCGGCGCCGGAGACGGAGGCACAGAAGGAUUCUGGGCUUGAGGGUGAGGAGGAGGAGGAUGAUGAUGAUGAUGAUUGGUGUGCUACGCAUAUCGACCACGGCUGUCUGACGGGUCUCACAUCGGCCAUGUUCCUUGACGAAGCUGCUUCACCUCCCACUCUACCUACAUCUUCAUCUUCAUCGUCCCUCCCUCUCCUCCACGAACUCCCCCGCUCGCCAGACCCGCAAGCAGGCCUCUACAUCUCUUCCCGCACGGGCGACAUCGUCAAAGUCAACAUCCCCAAGGACUGCCUCGCCUUUCAAACAGGGGAGGCCCUCCAACUCAUCACGCAGGGCAAGUUCCGUGCCGUCCCGCACUUUGUGCGAGGUGCGCGAUGCCCAGACACGGCGGAGUUCGAGAAUGCGAGGAUUGCGCGCAAUACGCUGGCUGUUUUUACCCAACCGAAUCUGGCGGAGGAGGUGCAGGCGGGUGUCUCUUUUGCGGAGUUUGCGAGGGGGGUUGUGCAGAAGAACUAUUAG